GGCGGGGCAGGACGUGAAGCCGGGGGGCGCGCGUCUGCGCAGUGCGGGGCUGAGGGCGUGAACCCUGGCGACGGGCGUACGUGUGUGCGUGCGACCCGUUUAGUCCGGUUCUGGUUCCGUUCGGUCGUCCCCGACGCGGGAUUGGGCAGAGUCGAGUCUUUAAAAAGUACAACACAAAAAUGGCUUCCAAAAGAGCUCUGGUCAUCCUGGCCAAAGGAGCAGAGGAGAUGGAGACAGUCAUUCCUGUAGAUGUCAUGAGGCGAGCCGGCAUUAAGGUCACCGUUGCGGGUCUGGCCGGGAAAGACCCGGUACAGUGUAGCCGAGAUGUUCUCAUUUGUCCGGAUGCCAGUCUGGAAGAUGCAAAAAAAGAGGGACCUUACGACGUAGUGGUUCUGCCGGGAGGUAACCUGGGUGCACAGAAUUUAUCUGAGUCUGCUGCUGUGAAAGAGAUACUGAAGGAACAAGAAAAAAGGAAGGGCCUUAUUGCCGCUAUCUGUGCAGGUCCUACGGCUCUCUUGGCUCAUGAAAUAGGUUUUGGAAGCAAAGUUACGACACACCCGCUUGCUAAAGACAAAAUGAUGAAUGGGAGUCAUUACAGCUACUCCGAGAACCGCGUGGAGAAGGACGGCCUGAUCCUCACGAGCCGCGGGCCUGGAACCAGCUUCGAGUUUGCUCUUGCGAUUGUUGAAGCGCUGAGCGGGAAGGACGUGGCUGACCAAGUGAAGGCCCCGCUCGUGCUUAAGGAUUAGAGCAGAAACCUUCGAGAAGGAGUUAGAGAAACGGGCCGUCCGCAGUCAUUGUCCCCGUGUUCACUUUAAGCGAAAGGAGCCGUCACCGUGCGGAGGAUCGUGGUCACUGCCCCCAGCGGUGUGGGCCGGUGGCGGCAGCCGCACGGGCCUUCCCCCCCUGCCUCGUGUCCCCCCCGACGGUCCUGAACCUGGAUUGCACCGUAGAUGGCAUUUAGCGAGCUCCUGAUGGUUUUCAUUUAUCUCUGGUUUCCCCUUUUUUGUUUGUGAAAUCAGGUUCAUGAUCAGCCUCACUUGUAGCUGUUAGCUGUUGAUACGGCUGCUGAGGUGAACGAAUAGUGAACACAUUUGUCGCAGAAGAAGGAAAGGCAUAAAAGCAAGGAUUUAAGAUGUUCUCUCAUUUGUUAAUUGCGUAUCAUUAACGUGCUAUUAAAAAAUACCAACCAA